AUGGGGGGCAAAGCAAAACAGAGCCAAAGAACUAAGAAUAAUGCCCGACCAUCAAGUAGCGGUCGAAGUGCAGAGUUACUUAACAAUGUUAUCAAAACUGAUGAUGUCUUUGGCAUGUUGUAUAAGGGAAAAACAUUACCAACAUUAUUUCCCACCAUGACGCCUAUAAUUCCUGACCACACAAUGACAAAUGAGUUUGCUUUAGCAUUUAAAAAGCUUAAUAAGAAAGAUCCCAUUACAAGAACCAAGGCUCUACAGGAGUUAUUGGAGUUAGUUAACAACAGUGAUACCGAAGAGGUGGUGGCAAUUUUACCCAGCUGGGGAUUGUUUUAUGUGACACUUACUAUUGACACUGACCACAAAGUGCGAGAGCUUACACAGAGUUGUCAUAGUGCAAUAAUGGAGCGAUGUGGACGCCGUGUGGCCCCUCAAUUGAAGCGACUGUUACCAGCGUGGCUCUUGGCUGUGCAUGAUGAACAUGCACCUGCUAGGUCCAUAGCUUCUAAUUGCCUAAAGACUACUUUUCCUGAUCAAAAAUUAAAUGAUGCAAUAACAUUUUGCAAAUCUGAGAUAAUGGCACUGAUUGUUGACAAUAUUACUGGAAAUGCUGAAGCUAUUUUAAAUAAAAAAGUGGAAGACCCAGAUGAACGUAAAGUGCUCAUGGCCCGUAUUAUAUCAAGUAGCCUACAGGCUUUUUGUAUGUUCUUAGACAAAAUACUAGAGUAUCAAGAUUGGGUCUGGGAAGAGAUACAAACAUUAUUAAACAAUCCUGCAAUAUGGAAAUUAUCUGCAAAUGAUUCACAUCAUGUUAGAGCAGCUUGGUUUGAUGCCAUCGGACAUAUCAUACAGAGGCAUCAUACAAGGUUGGGCCCCCAACUGGGUGGUAAAAUGGCAACAAUUCUCAUUUCACAACCGGAGAAGAGAGCUGAUGUGGCCGCCAGUCGUUGGGCUGCGCUUCUACUAUUGCUUCACGUAGAGGAAUGGCACAUUUGGCUGAAAAAGAAAGAUCUCCUUGUUAAAAGAUUAUUUGACACAAUAGAAAAUGGUGGGUGGGGUGAUGUGAGUCUCCUAAGUAAUAUAUUACUUCCACUCAUAUCUAAGCUGCCCGAUGAGUUCUUGACAAGAGAUUUCUAUACCCAGCUGUUUAAAGCUCUAUUUACUGGGUAA